UUAUUAAUUGAAAAAUAACGUAGAAAAGUGGUGAAAUGAUGUGAAAACAGUCGGGAGACACCGGGGUCAGCUACUUCCUACGGUUGGGUUGAGGUUUUUUUUUUUUGAAAGGACCGGUUGGAGCCUCCUCGCGCUGCUCUCGACCAAUCGGAAGUGAGUAUUUUUCGCGCUGGAUGUCCGGACAGUUUGAGUUUCCCGCAACGAGCUUUGAAUGAAAAAUCCUCCAACUUUUACAGGAUGAAUCCGGACAGAUUCACCCUUUAACGACCGAGAGGAGACUCAACAGCUCAAGUGAGCCUGGAGGGGGUUAGAUGGGAUGGACAGCAAAGGUAGCUCCCUGCCUUCGAUGCUUGAACCAGCCAACCCUGUCAGCAUGAAGCAGCCACCAGAGUCCCUCAGUGUGCGGAAAGGUGGGGGGGACAUGAGCAGUGACCCUGCUCUACUAAUAAUGGACAAAGCUGCUGCCCAGCUGGCCGCCACACUACAAGACGGCGUCCUUCAGAAGAUGGCUGGCCACAGUCAUAACAACCACAGCCACGAGAGGCUCAAAGACCUCACCUCCCGUGUGUUAAAUGGGGACCAAGACGCGCUGCCUAAGCUUCCGGAGCCACCUAUGCUAAAGGGUGCCGAAGCCCCUGCUACGAAUGGCACCCAUCAGCACAAUUGCACUCCUCAUACUGAACAUGAACUGAAGGUGACGAUACCCCAGGUGGUCAAGCAGCCGCUGUUUGAGCCAUGCUGUGCCAAUGGGACCACUUUGGUAACCGAAGGUGCUAUAUCCGGACCAGAGAAAAGACAGGACUCGAAGAAAAGGAGGGGGGGACCUCAAAAACCAAACCUCAGUUCCUCCGCCAUCCCCGUGGAGCCACUUGACCACACAAAUGCUGUAGAUGGAACUGGAGCAGCUGAUGAGCCUGAUCUCAUCCCAGAGCUGAUGGAGGAGAAUGCAGAAGAAUCUCCUCUGCCGAGCCGUUUUUCUGUUGGUGAUUUGGUUUGGACCAAGGUGGCAGGAUACCCCUGGUGGCCUUGCAUGGUGACCACAGACCCGGAAUUCAACAAUCACAUCAAACCGAAACAGAAAGCAGUCAACAGCAGGUCGGGCCUCCUUUUCCAUGUGCAGUAUUUUGGAGACGCCCCAGAGAGAGGCUACAUCUUUGAAAAGAACAUGGUGUCUUUCACCGGGGAAGAUCAAUACCAGGAGCUCAGCCAGGACAACAAACAGCCAGCCUCCAGAGUCAUCCACAAAAAGACGGCUCCCUCUGUGCCCCGUAAACUCCAGGCUCAGUGGAACAUGGGCGUCAUUCAGGCCAAGGAGGCCUUCAGCAUGUCACUGGAUGAACGCAUGGUGAACUUUGCAUUUCUAUACGAUGAUGACGGGCCUCAUCUGAACCCCUGCAUCCUGGAGAAGUUGAAGCCAGAACAGAGCCACGAGAUGGACCAGGAAACAGAGUCCAGACUUAGCCCAGAUCUCCCCUCCCUGCUGGUGGGCCCUGCCGACGACCCAACAGCCGCCUCUCAGUCCCAAGACAGCACUUCAACACGGAAAAAGACACGAGCACCCAGAAAGAAACUCAACUCGGGAGAACGGCGAAGAAGGGGCAAAGGCCAUCUAAAUAAUUGCCUUUCAAAACAGCAAUUCAGCGACACCGCUUCUUCCAAAGAAAUUCUUCCUUUGCAUCCGACCUCACAGGAUCCCACCACUUGUGCACCAGAUCUACAAGCUGAAUCAGUCGUACCUCAAAAGAAAAAGAGGAGACCCAGACAGGCUCAGUCUCCCACGAAGACGGUGAGAAGAAGGAAAAAACCUGCAGCGGACAACGCUUCUGACCCCGUGAGGAAAAGGAAACCAAAGCUGGUUUCUUCGACAGACGUUAUUUCCGAACCAAUCUCACUUCCGGUUUCAGUUCCAGUCAAGAGGCAGCGAAAGAGGACUAAAAGACCACCAACAGAUGCUACGGCAGACGAGGUUCAGCAGCCUAAAAGGAGACGUAAAACGACCAAAGUUGCUGAAGAAAAGGCCUCGACUUCAGAAGGAACAGAAAAAAAGCGGAGAAGGCGGAAGAAAACUGACAAAGACGCACCGGAAACCAAGAAGAGAGUGAGGAAGCCAAAAGCUCUCCUCACUGCAAACCAAGACGCAGAGAAACCAAAGCGUAGGAGGAAAAGGAAGCUGGAUGGAGAGAACCAGACCACGCCCUCCAAGGCGAAGAGAAGGCGGAUCUCCCCGUGUCCUGAUCCCGAGGGCUCUGGGAGUGAAGGACGUCCGGAUUCUCCGAGUGACAGCUUAGACGGGACAAAGAAGGGCGAACGGAAAAAAGAGUUUGUCUGCCAGAUGUGUGAGCAGGCUGGUGAGGACUUGGUGCCCUGUGAAGGCCAAUGUUGUGGGAUGUUUCACCUCCACUGUCUGGGUCUGUUAUUAAAACCUGACGAGAAGCUGCUGUGUCAGGAGUGCAGCACAGGAAUUCACUCGUGUUUCCACUGUAAGCAGUUGGACGGCACGGUGCGUCGCUGCCACGUCCAACACUGCGGCAAGUUCUACCACGAGGCGUGCAUCCGCCUCAACCCCCUCACUGUGUUCGACAACAAGGGCUUCCGCUGUCCACUCCACGCCUGCCUCAGCUGCCACUACGGCUGCCGCACCAAGCAGAAGUCCGCCAAAGGUAGGUUGAUGCGUUGUCUGCGCUGCCCCGUCGCGUACCAUGUCGGGGACCUGUGUGUGGCUGCGGGCAGUGAGAUGGUCACCAACACCGCCAUCAUCUGCACCAACCACUUCCACGCCAAGAAGGGCUACAGCCACCACAGUCACGUCAACGUCAGCUGGUGCUUCGUCUGCUCCAAAGGAGGACAGCUGCUGUGCUGCGAGUCUUGUCCUGCAGCUUUCCACCCCGACUGCCUGAACAUCGCUAUGCCUGAUGGGAGCUGGUUCUGCAACGACUGCCGGGCCGGCAAGAAACCCAAAUACACAGACAUCAUCUGGGUCAAACUGGGAACAUACAGAUGGUGGCCUGCAGAGAUCUACCAUCCCAGAAACAUCCCCACCAACAUCCAGCACCUUCGCCACGAGAUCGGAGAGUUCCCGGUCUUCUUCUUCGGCUCCAAGGACUACUUCUGGACUCACCAGGGCCGAGUGUUUCCGUACAUGGAGGGAGACCGGGGCAGCAGGCACCAGAGGACCGGAAUCGGCAAAGUCUUCAAGAAUGCUCUGGUGGAGGCUGAAAUUCGAUUCAAGGUCAUAAAAAUUAAGCGAGAGGCCAAGGAAGCUCAGGAGAACAGCCGAAAGCCACCCCCAUAUAAAUUUAUCAAGGUCAACAAACCCUUCGGUAAGGUUCAGGUCUACACCGCAGACAUCGCUGAGAUCCCCAAGUGUAACUGUAAGCCGACAGACGAGAGGCCGUGUGGGUUUGAGUCCGAGUGUCUGAACCGCAUGCUGCAGUACGAGUGCCACCCUCAGGUGUGUCCCAACGGGGAGCGUUGCUGCAACCAGGACUUCACCAAACGCCUCUACCCGGAGACCAAGAUCAUCAAGACGCCCGGCAAAGGCUGGGGCCUGAUCUCUCUCCGGGACAUCAAGAAGGGCGAGUUUGUGAACGAGUACAUCGGAGAGCUGAUAGACGAGGAGGAGUGCAGGGCGAGGAUCAGGUACGCCCAGGAGAACAACAUCAUUGAUUUCUACAUGCUCACCAUCGACAAGGAUCGGAUCAUCGACGCUGGUCCGAAGGGAAACUACUCUCGCUUCAUGAACCACAGCUGUCAGCCCAACUGCGAGACGCAGAAGUGGACGGUGAACGGCGACACGCGGGUCGGAUUGUUCGCCGUCUGUGACAUCCCAGCAGGGACUGAGCUCACCUUUAAUUACAACCUGGACUGCCUCGGGAAUGAGAAGACCGUCUGUCGCUGUGGUGCUCCCAACUGCAGCGGUUUUCUAGGUGAUCGGCCGAAGAACUCAAACGGCCACACAGCCGAGCCAAAACCGAAGAGGUUGAAGAGAAAGUAUAAAAGGAGGAAAACUGAGGGAAAGAAGUCGGAUGACGAUUGUUUCCGCUGCGGGGACGGAGGGCAGCUGGUGCUAUGUGGGAAGAAGACCUGCACCAAAGCUUAUCACCUGUCCUGCCUGAACCUCACCAAGAGACCCUUCGGCCGCUGGGACUGCCCCUGGCACCACUGUGACGUCUGCGGGAAAAACUCAGAGGCUUUCUGCCAGCUCUGCCCCAACUCCUUCUGCAAAGUUCACCAGGAGGGGGCGCUGCGUCCCUGGCCUCCCACGGGACAGCUGUGCUGCCUGGAGCACGACGAGCUGGAUCAGGGUGUCAAUUCGGAGACGAAUGCGACAACGAAGACCGCCACUACUGCCACCAUCGGCAGCCGUCCUCCUAAAGGCUCCAGGAAGGCAGAAGGAGCCGAGGCCAAAACUAAACGCUCCAAGAGGAAAGCAGCAGAGGCCUAACAGUGACCUUUGCCCCCUUCCCCCUCCCCUCAGAGAGCCAAAAGACCAAACUAGACUCUUGACACCUGCUAAACCCCACGUAAUAAUGUCUACAAGAUCACAGAUAUCAAGGCACUGUACAUCUUCAUCAUCAGGGAAAGCUGCUGAUCUCUCGCAUGCUCGGCAGCGGCCUCUAGCGCGCCGCUUUAUUAUUUUUUUUAACAUUUUCAGGUUUAGUUGUCUGCACUGAGGCCAACCAUCUGUGGUAAAGCACAAAGCAGCAGAGCGAGCGCAGGUCAGGAAACUUCGGCUAGUGGAUUUCUACUCUCAUUCUUCCACCAACCAAACUGCCUUUUAUUUUGAUUUUUUUGUUUUAUUGUCUUUUUUUUUUCUUUUUUUUAUGAUUUUAGAAUAACAAAAGAAACCAGUUGGUUUCUGCAGAAAAGAAACUGAACCGGCUGGAAGUAAAACUGAGCAGCAGCGUCACCGUCUGCUAACUUGAAUCUCACUCGCCCCCUCCCCCGUCGCUCUACACGGACGAUCUUGAACAGCAGAGUUUUAUAGCUAUAUCUAUAUAUGUGUAUAUCAAAGACCAAAACUAUGAUUACUGGAAUAGUGUAAGACGUCAAACAGGUUGCCAAAUGGAUUGUUUUUAUUUUUAUAUAUAGUAUAUAUAUGCCAGAUGUAAUAUCGAAACACCAAGACACUAUGGAUAGACCUCGGAUGACCUUUUUACUUCUGUUUUGUAGCCAUAGGUUACAUUUGUAGACAUUUGUUUGCUAUUUUACAACCUGUUAUUUUGUUUUAGCUCAGUUUUACUGUUUUCUUUAUUUCUUUUGCAUAUCAGGAUGCUGAAUGGUGGCACCACAAACUGUUUAUCUACCCGCCUGUCCAGACAACGAGGGGUUACAGAAAGUAUUAAACCGAGAGCGCUUCUUAAACUGCCGCCUGACAUGAAAACACUACUGGGAGGUUUCUAGGUCUUUAGUGCUCUCUGCUCGAUGAUACACCAGAUAAAUGAAGGAAUACUUGCGAUUUUCUGGAACAUUUUUCUAAGUUGAGUUUUGAGUCCUUCAACCUUUUUAAGGUUUAUUUUUCCCCUCUGAAGUAUCUGAAGUACAGUACAAAGAUUUUUAUGCAUACACAUGCUGGUUCCCAUUUUGAAGGCCUCCGUGUCAACCGGCCGGGCUUUUUAUUCAUGACAUUGAGUAGUCUGUAAGUGAGGUUUUAAAAGACGGACCUCAGCUUUUUUAAUGCUCAGGAGGUUUUUAGUCUCAAAACUGCGUCCUGCUUGUCGUUUAAUACUUUAACACAGGCUAACGGCACACUGGCUAACAUCUUGUACCUCCCAUUUUGGUCAGUUUUUCACAUUUGUACUUGACUUGAAGUAUCACGAGGAGUACGGUGGCACAUUUUAAGACAAGUCAGACUUUAACUUUCAUCACUCUCGGUGGUCUGUGAGCUCUAGCUGCACUUCUUAAAUCCCCAGACACACCAACUUGACAUGAGUGAACUAGCGGAUAUGAAGGUCGACUGUUGCGUCUCCUCACGUUGCCUUUAUAUUCGC